AAACACAAAUCGAACUCAAUUUUGUCUUUGUAUCCAAAAUUUGUUCAAAAUUGCACUAUUUGUUGGAUUUGUAACGCGGAGAGCGGCGACGCCUCCGUGUCAAACGCCUUGGUCUGCCACCAGCUCCUGCAGCUAUGCGGGUAAUGCGCAGAAGGGCGCCUCCCCGUUGGUGCAGCUGGAUCGCGGACCCUUUGCCACACAGCUGGAGUAUCAGUCGCGACUGCAGUUCAAUGCACCCUGCUCGGGAUUUCCCCUCAGUGGCAUCAUCUGCACCAUUGGACCGGCCUCGAACAAGCCCGAGGUGCUGGUGGAGCUCAUACGCGCGGGUAUGCGUGUCGUGAGACUGAACUUCUCGCAUGGCUCACACGAGUACCACUGCCAGACGAUUGAGGCGACGCGCAAGGCCAUAGACAUGUAUGCCAAGCAGGCGGGUGUCUUCAAGCCGGUGGCCAUUGCUCUGGACACCAAGGGACCGGAAAUUCGAACGGGUAAGCUGGCGGGCGGCGACACGGCGGAAAUCGAACUGAAGCAGGGCGAAACCAUCAAGCUGUCCACCAACAAAGAGCUGAAGAAGAAGUGCAGCAAGGAGCGGGUGUAUGUGGACUACCAGAAGCUGCCGAGCAUCAUCAAGGCCGGGAAUCGUGUGUACAUCGAUGACGGACUGAUCGCCCUGAAGGUUAAGCAGAUCGCUGGCGAUGAAGUGACCUGCGAGGUGGAGAACGGCGGCAAGCUCGGAUCGCACAAGGGCGUAAAUCUGCCGGGUGUGCCGGUGGAUCUUCCGGCCGUCUCCGAGAAGGACAAGGAUGACUUGAAGUUCGGCGUGGAGCAGAAGGUGGACAUGAUCUUUGCCUCCUUCAUACGCGAUGCUAAGGCACUGGCCGAGAUACGCAGUGUCCUGGGGCCAGCGGGCGCGCACAUAAAGAUCAUCUCCAAAAUCGAGAACCAACAGGGAAUGGCGAACAUUGACGCCAUCAUCGCUGCCUCCGAUGGCAUAAUGGUGGCUCGCGGAGACCUUGGCAUCGAGAUACCCACCGAGGAGGUGCCCCUGGCUCAGAAGGCAAUCAUAGCCAAGUGCAAUCAGGUGGGAAAGCCCGCCAUCUGCGCUACCCAAAUGCUGGAUUCGAUGAUUAGCAAGCCGAGACCCACGCGGGCCGAGGCAUCAGAUGUGGCCAAUGCCAUCUUCGAUGGCGCCGACUGUGUGAUGCUGUCGGGCGAAACAGCCAAGGGAAAGUACCCCGUCGAGUGCGUCAAGUGCAUGGCGAAAAUAUGCUCAAAGGUGGAGGCGGUUCUGUGGUACGAGAGCAUUCAGAACAACGUGAGGAGCGCCAUGCGGAUGACGGCAGCCAACCAAAUGUCGGCAGUGUCUAUGACGAUCGCUGAGGCGGCCACCUCGGCUCAUGCGAAGGCAAUUAUUGUAGCCAGUCCGUGUUCGAUGAUCCCACAGCUGGUUAGCCAGAUGCGGGCUGUCUGUCCCAUCGUUCUGCUCAUCGGCUGCAAGUCCCAGGCGCGUCAGUCGGUGAUCUUUCGCGGUGUUUAUCCUCUGAUCAUUGACGAGAUGGCCGCCGGUUGCACGGACUUUCAGCAAAUUCUGCAGUCGGGCGUUAAGCUCUUGCCGAAUCUGGAGAUAAUGCAGCCCGGCAAGAAGGUAACCGUCGUAAUUGUAGACGCAAUGAGGGCCGACAACGUCAGCUUUCGGCUGUUCUCUGUGCGGCAACAAACCAAAGCGGAGAUACAGAAACAGGCUGGGGACUGCAAACGAAAGCCUAAAAAAAAGUGUAUUCGACUCCUUGGAGCUGAAAAAAAGAAGCAGGCUACAACAAAACGCAAGAAAAAUGAUGGCAAAUGCAAAAAGUAAAACUGAUGCAAAUUUGAACAUGUAAUCAAAUAUAUUUGACAUUCACAGGUGAGCGCAAGUUGGCUGCACAUCAUAGAGCGGUCGUGCUGCUU